UGGCCCGUCUCCUAGACAGGGUGUUUCUACAUUGCCCAGCGGGUCCUGGAGCGUGCUGUCCUUCUGCCUCAGUCUCCUGAUUGCUGGCAUUUCAGGUCAUGCUGGAGGCCCAAGCAAGGGUCUGGUGGGCAGAAUGAACGACUGGCACAGGAUCUUUGCCCAGAGCACGCUUGUCCCUCCCCACCCCCAGAGAGCACGGCAGCUGUUGAAGGAAUCGACGGCCUUUCAGUGUGUCCUGAAGUGGCUCGAGGGUCCACUGGUCAAGCAGGCUGUGCUGGAGGUGCUGUCCGAGACUGAAUGCCACCUGCGCGUGUCUCUCUUUGACAUCACCUACCGCUACUUCUUUGGGAAGACAUGGAGAACCUCAGCGAGGCCGGUCCAGCAGCUCUCGAGGCAGCCAUCCAGGAUCGUCUUCGACGAGCCUUUCUACUUCCAUACGUCCUUAAACCACCCAAAUAUCGUGGCCGUAGUGGAAGUGGUCACUGAAGGCAGGAAGCAGGAUGGGACCCUCCAGUCACUGUCCUGUGGGUUUGGAAUUCUUCGGAUCUUCAGCAAUAAACCUGACUCUCCGACCUCUGCUUCCCAGGACAAACGGUUGAGGCUGUACCAUGGCACCCCCAGAGCCCUUCUGCACCCGUUUCUGCAAGACCCUGUGGAGCAAAACAAGCACAUGACCCUCAUCGAGAGCUGCAGCCUGCUGUACACCCUGCGGCUCCACCCGCCGCUGGAGCCUGCUUUCCACCUGGUGCCCCAGAACCUGCUGGUGUCGGGGCUGCAGCGGAUCCCUGGCCUCCUCCCCGCUCACAGCGAAACCGGCGACGCCCUCCGGAAGCCUCGGCUCCAGAAGCCCGUCACGUGGCACUUGGACGACCUGUUCCUCACCCUGUGCCCUUCCCUCGGGAGGUUCGAGGAGGAGCUGGCGCAGCUCCUCACCUGCGAUCACGUCCAGGAGGGGGGUGGCCUGCUGGAUGGUGGGGCCCUAGAGGUCCUGGAGCGGCGCCUGCAUGUGGGUGUGCACAACGGCCUGGGCUUUGUGCGGAGGCCGCAGGUGGUUGUGCUGGUGCCCGAGAUGGAUGUGGCCAUGACGCGUUCGGCCAGCUUCAGCAGGAGAGUGAGCUCCUCCUCCAGGACCAGCUCUGGAAACCAGGCCCUGGUUUUGAGAAGCCGCCUGCGACUGCCUGAGAUGGUGCAGCACCCGGCCUUCGCCGUGGUCUUCCAGCUGGAGUAUGUGUUCAGCAGCCCCGUGGUGGCGGACGGCAACGCAGCUGUGGCCUCUUCCUUGUCCAGCUUGGCGUGCAUGCGUGCGGUCCGCUGGGCUGUAUGGAGUCCAGUGCUGGAUGUCCGUGCCGGAAGUGUGACUUUGCCUCUGCAGGGCGGGGUCCUGCACAACCCCUUGCACUGCCUGGUCUAUCAGGUGCCCUCAGCCAGCAGGAGCUCCGAAGAGGUGAAGCAGGUGGAGUCAGGGACAGUCCAGUUCCAGUUCUCACUGAACCGGGAAGAGCCUCUAGGCACACCCAUGGAGCAUGCCAACGGCCCCAAGGCAGCGCGGCGGUCCUGCAAGAGGCCUCCCUCGUCCCCUUCAGGUGUGCCUGUGCCAGUACCCCAGGGUCUUGCGGCCACCCAGGACUCGCCUGUGGGACCAGGGUUGUCACUUUCCCAGCUGGUGACUUCCCCGCAGUCCCCGGCUCGGUGCCGCUCAGCCAAAGCCACUCCACGGUCACCAGAGGGCUCCCAGCCCCAGGCAGAGUUUCCUUUGGAGGGCGGGGUCUCUCAUCUGGAAGCCGACCUUAGUCAGACUCCCUUGGUCCUGGAAACCCCUGUUGCUGAACCUUUGCAGGAGCUGCCCUUCACCCCUCUGCAUGCCCCCAUUGUCGUGGGACCCCAGCAAAGGAGUUCUGGCAGCCAGCUCUCCAGAGCUACCAUGGUUCUCCUGCAGUCCUCCGGCUUUCCUGAGAUUCUGGAUGCCAGCAAGCGGCCUGCCGAAGCUGUCAGUCCCACGGAUCCCGUGCACUUCGACCCUCAAAGGGAAGAAGCGGAUUGUCUACAGAGCAAUGAAAUAGUGCUGCAGUUUCUUGCCUUCAGCAGAGUGGCCCAGGACCACCGAGGAGCUCCGUGGCCAAAGUCCGUGUACUUCACGUUCCAGUUCUACCGCCUCCCACCUGCCACGACGCCACGGCUGCAGCUGGUGGAGCUGGCUGGGAUGGGGAAGACGGGCUCCGGCUCCCUGUCUCACGUCCUUGUUCCCAUUAGUAAAGACGGCUCCUUUGACACUGGGUCUCCUGGCUUCCAGCUGAGGUACGUGGUGGGCCCUGGCUUCCUGAAGCCGGGCGAGCAGCGCUGGUUCCUCCGCUACCUGGCCGUGCAGACCUUGCAGAUCGACGUCUGGGACGGGGACUCCUUGCUCCUCAUUGGAUCUGCCGCCGUCCAGAUGAAGCACCUCCUCCGCCAGGGGCGGCCGGCUGUGCAGGUGCCACAUGAGCUCGAGGUCGUGGCGACCGAGUAUGAGCAGGACGCGUCUGUGGUGAGUGGAGCCGUGACCAGGUUUGGCAGCGUCAAGCCCAUUGGUGUCCACACGGUGGUGAGGGGCCUGCUGCACCUGACCUUGGCCAACGUGGGUCACACGUGUGAACGGCCAGUGAGGGGUUCUAGCCUGCUGCCACCCUCCAGGUCUCAGGUCAUCUCCAGUGACGGAGCCAGUCGCUUCUCUGGAGGCAGCCUCCUCCCAAGGGGAGGCCCAAGAUCAGGAAAAAAUGUGGUCCAAGCACAGAAGCUGGCCGAUGUGGACAGCGACCUGGCCGCCAUGCUGCUGACCCACGUGAGGGGCGGCCAGGGGCUCCAGGGUGCUGGCCGUGAGGCUGAUGCUGUCCGUAGGCGCAAGCUGGAGAGGAUGCGGUCUGUGCGCCUGCAGGAAUCCGGAGGGGAGCCGGGCAGCCGCAGAACAAACAUACUGGCCCAGCAGAGCGUGCGGGCACAGCACUCGCGGGACCUGCAGGUCAUUGACGCCUACCGGGAGCGCACCAAGGCCGAGAGCAUUGCCAGCGUGCUGAGCCUGGCCGUCACCACGCAGCACACGCUCUACGCCACCCUGGGCACUGCUGAGUUCUUCGAGUUCGCGCUUAAGAACCCCCACAACAUCCAGCACACGGUGACCAUCGAGAUCGACAACCCUGAGCUCAGUGUCAUCCUGGACAGCCAGGAGUGGAGGUACUUCAAAGACGCCGCCGGCCUGCACACACCCCUGGAGGAGGACAUGUUCCACUUGCGCGGCAGCCUGGCCCCCCAGCUCUACCUGCGCCCCCGGGAGACCACCCACGUUCCCUUCAAGUACCAGAGCUUCUCUGUGGGUCGGCCAGCCCCCGUACAGGCCUCUACUGAGCUGAGCUCCGAGAGGGGCACAGACGCCGGAUCACCUCGGAAGUCCAGCGCCACUUUCACCAAGCACGCCAAGGUGCUGUUCCGGGCCAGCAGCGGGAAGCUCCUCGCUAUGCUCCAGCUGACCGUGGAGCCCCAGCCCCACGUUGUGGACCAGAUCUUCCGCUUCUACCACCCGGAACUCACCUUCCUGAAGAAGGCCAUCCGCCUGCCUCCCUGGCAUACGCUUCCCGGUGCCCCAGUGGGAAUGCCUGGCGAGGACCUCCCCAUCCACGUGCGAUGCAGCGACCCCAAUGUCCUCUGUGAGGCCCAGAGUGUGGGCCCUGGGGAGCCCCGGGAUGUGUUUCUGAAGGUGGCUAGUGGUCCAAGCCCAGAGAUGAAAGACUUCUUUGUCAUCAUUUAUGCGGACCGCUGGCUGGCAGUGCCUGUGCAGACGUGGCGGGUCUGCCUCCACUCCCUGCAGCGUGUCGACGUCUCCUGUGUUGCGGGCCAACUGAGCCGCCUGUCCCUUGUCCUCCGGGGGACACAGAGAGUGAGGAAAGUGAGAGCUUUUGCCUCGCACCCCCAGGAGCUGCAGACAGACCCCGCAGGUGUCUUUGUGCUGCCGCCACAUGGGGUACAGGACCUGCAUGUGGCCGUGAGGCCCAGAAGGGCCGGCAGCCGCUUCAUCCACCUCAACCUGGUGGACGUGGACUACCACCAGCUGGUGGCCUCCUGGCUCCUGUGCCUCUCCUGCCACCAGCCGCUCAUCUCCAAGGCCUUUGAGAUCACGAUGGCGGUGGGUGAAGGGAAGGGCGUCAACAAGCGGAUCACCUACACCAACCCCUACCCCACCCGGAGGACCUACCGCCUGUAUAGCGACCACCCUGACCUGCUGCAGUUCAAGGAGGACAGCUUUCAGGUGGGAGGAGGCGAGACCUACACCAUCGGCCUGCGGUUUGCGCCGGGCGGGAGAGUGGGGCAGGAGGAGAUCCUGAUUUACAUCAAUGACCACGAAGACAAGAAUGAAGAGGCCUUCUGUGUGAAGGUCAUCUACCAGUGAGGGGCCGGCAGCACCUGCCACACACGCCUGCCCUGCGGACCUCCCCUGCCUCUCCUCUCCCCAGCAUGUGGCCCUGCCCUGGUGGCCUGGGCCUGGCUUAGGGAGGAGCAUGUGUACCCUGGUCAUUUUUGAAAUGCCUGUGUCCAGCCUAGGGCUGCCAACACUGACCAAGGCCAAGGGUGAGUUCUCAGUGUGAACAGGAAUCUGGUGGCCUCCAGUCACCUUAUUCUACCUGAGGUGUGCAUGAGGCCCACUGGUCCCUCUGUAGUCCAUGGAGGUUGUCACUAUUUGUAACUUAGUUUCGAUUUUUUUUUUUUAGCAAAAUGUAUUUUAUGAAUCAUCUAAAUGGCAAAAUUAUGUUUUUCUUACUGGAUUUUAUAUGAACAAAAUGAACUUUAUUUGCUGCACAGUGUUUUAUACUGAUAUCACUUUGUGUUUGUGUCUAAGAUCAGACCAUCUGAACGCUG